UUCAACAUUUAGCAGAUUCAAACGGUCAGAAGUUAUCUGGAUUAGUUAAAUAUCGUUCAUUAGAAAGGUCAUAACCAGAAUAUAAAAUAAGUACGAUAAGGCAGCAUUAUAUAGUUCAGUAUACGACUAGGCCAAACUAUAGCAGACUGACAUGGCUAAGUCACUGCUCAAUGGAAAAGUAUAUGAAAUGCAGGGAUAUUGGAAGAACUUUCCAUUACUAUUUCUAGUAACGCUUUGCUUGAGUUUGGUACAUUCAGCUAGUAUUGUAAAUAGUAAAGACAUGGGUCUGCCUCAAUCUCCGAUAACAUUCUGUACAUCGGACGACUGCUUGAGAUCAGCAGCCCACCUGAAACUCUCCAUGAACCUCAGCGUGAAUCCCUGCGACAACUUCUAUCUCUACACGUGCGGCAGGUGGAUAGAACAGCACCCAAAUUACGAGAAAUGGCCCGCCUUCGAUGGAUUCGAUAUCAUUGAUCAACAGGUGGCUAAAGCCGAGUACGCAGUUUUGACAGCCAAUGCCAGCGACAAUUCUCGCGAGGAACUCGGUAUAUCCGCAAUCUACCAACACUUGGAAAAUGCUGACCUACCAAUAAUCCCAAGCUACAUUUCUUUGUCAGGGGAGGAAAUGGAAAAUUUUACUUUCGACUGGCUCAGAACUGAAGCUCUACUGAAACAAAGUAUGACAGUGGAUGUUUUCAUUGGAACUAUAGUAUCAGUGAAUAUAUUCAAUAGCUCAGAGUACGUGAUAAUGGUGGGAACACCAGAUAGUGAAACGCCUCUUCCAAGUCCUCCCAAAGAACCAGAAGAAUCAGUUGAGGAUGAGGAGAGAAGGAAUUUAACAAUAACAGUCAAAACGAAAAUUAUCAAAUACAUUUUGAAAAAAAUUGUGAAGGAUAAAACAGGGGAAAGAGCUGAAGCUGAUAAGUUACAGGAAGCGGUCGAUGUUAUAUUGAGGAUCGAAGAAGAACUGGCAGAGAUUGCCAACAAUUUCAGCGAUCCGAAUGCUAAGAUGGAGGAUAUUCGAGCAAACAAUUUUAGCAACCUCCAGAAUCGCAUAGACGAACUCUUAUCUCCACCUAAGCCUAACCUGUGGCUAAACUACUUCAACGAUCUUUUCAAUGGCACUAACGUCAAUUUUGAUCCUGAAAAAGUCUCAUUCCUGGAGGAUAUUCAAUAUAUUAGGAUCGACUGCGUCAUGUCCAAAAUAAACAUGCACAAUUGCACAUACAUAGCCUACCUAAAUAUAAUCGUAUUGUUUAGCUUACUUAGUAAUGUCACGCAAAAAUCUACAAAACCUAUGAAAAUUUGGGUAGAAAUUAUGAUAAACAACAUGAGGAAAGCUUUUAUGGAACAUGUACACGAUAUAACGUGGAUGGACAAAGAAACAAAGAAAUUAACGAUUGAGAAAGCAGAAGAAAUAUUACUUUACAUCGGCUAUCCCGAAUGGAUAUCCCGAAAAGAUGAAUUGGACAAGUAUUAUGCUGACGUUAUCAUAGAACCAGACGCAUAUUUAGCAAAUAUCAUCAGUACCGUCAGAUCAUACAAUAUGAAAAAAUUGGGUUCCUUGAGGAAAAAAGCGGUGCGAGAAUGGGAACCCAGAGAUUUUGAUCAAAGUGAGGCUAUCAAAGCAAACGCUUUCUAUUCACCCCAACAUAAUGCCAUAGAAGUACCAAUGGUAGUUCUCAGAUACCCCAUGUAUAGGCUGGGACUAGAGCUACUAAAUUAUGGAGCAGUGGGUGCAAUUUUGGGACAUGAAAUAACUCAUGCAUUCGACAAUGACGGUCAGUAUUUAGAUGCUAAAUAUACGCGGUGGGCUAAAAAUCUACAUAAAAGUCGGAAAUUUGAUAAAUUUGGCAACCAGAGAACAUGGUGGAGUAAUGAUACAAUCGAGAAUUUUCAAAAUUUGACUGGAUGUUUCAUUGAUCAUUAUGAAGAUAUUUCUCUUGAAGGUGUUGAUGGAAAAAUAAAUGGAACAGUAACACUUGGUGAGAACAUAGCAGAUAAUGGAGGAUUACGUGCAGCUUUCAAUGCUUACCAUCAUUAUGAAAAAACGUAUGGUGUAGAACCCAAACUGCCAGGUUUCGAAAAUUUCACCACUUCCCAAACGUUUUUCAUUGCAUACGCUAGUGCAUGGUGCAUGGAGUUAGAACCUAAAAUGAGCCUCAACGAAGAGACUGAUGCUCAUGCGCCACACUACUUGCGAGUUUUGGGAACACUUCAGAAUUCCGUAGACUUUUCUGCUGCCUUCCAAUGUCCCGAAGGAAGUUUCAUGAACCCUAAGAAAAAAUGUAAUAUGUGGUAGAACUUGACAGUGCGUUGUUUUUUCUUGGAUUAAAAGUGACACAUUGUUGGAGAAGUGCGUUAACGAGGCGAAGCCAUACGAAUCAAAAAAUUGGCAAACAGACAUUUUUUAUUCGAUUGAAAUAUUCUGUAAACAGAAGAAUUGUUAUCUAAUUGAUAAAAUAUAAUUGAAAUAUAAUUAUUCACGUUGUGA